UCCAACCGAAACCCUCGAGGAGCGAGGAAAUCGCGGCGGGAGCUGGCUGAAGAAGGCAACGAAGGGACCAGCGGCUUGGGAAGGAGGAGAGGAGUUUGCGAGAGAUUUGUGGAUUGCUGUUAAAUCCGUCCAAUGAUCGGAUUUACUAAAUCCGGGAUUCAAGGCAUGUAGCACGGGAGAAUCGGAUUUAAGGCUCUGUAGGAUUUAAAAUUGACAUUUUUUUCUGUUUGGUGCUAAAAUCCUGUUCAAAUCCUGCACCACAUAGCCCUGACUCGUCUAUUGUUCAUCUCCUUGGCGGCUUCUUCUUUACUUGGAACGGCAUUUCUCUGUUUUCCAGGGCUUGACCCAGCAUCGCGGCUUCUUUGCCGUGAUGGAUGAGGAACAUUAGAAGUAACGAAACCUUGAUCAAAUAUUUUCCCAUGGAGGAAGAUGAUGAGGACAAAUUUCUGCUGAAUAGUUUGGGUGUCACAUCUGUGGCACCUGAAGCUAUAGAGCGUCAACUAUUUUUGCAGGCAAGAAAUGAUAAUCAAAGUGAUUCUGCUGAGAGCUCUGAGGUGCUUGAUCAAGUUACCGAUCCAUCAUCAUCAAGUUGCGUCAAACUCUAUAACAAAUUGAAGGCGGUUGAAGUCGAAAUAAAUGCUGUUGCUUCGAGCAUUACGGAAGAGAAGAAUGAGGCGUUGGGCGAUAAGACAACCACUGAUGUUGCGAAGAACAGCGUUGAACCUGUCCAGGUUACCCUUGAUGGAUUGUCGCUUCAGCAGGCACUGGCAAAAGAUCGUCUAGAAAGUCUUCAGAGAACGAAAGCACGAAUCAAAAAAGAAAUUUCAAAUUUUGAAAACCAGAGUUCCGCUAGUAACAUUGAACAUGAGAAAUUACUUGACGAAUUGGUUAAAGACAAGCCGAAGAACAAGAAAGCGGAGCAAUCUAACAGGCACUCAAAAAGGAUUUUAAAAACUGUUGCUUAUGAUGAAGAUACUGAUUUUGAUGCAGUGCUUGAUGCAGCUUCUGCUGACUUUGUUGAAACAGAAAGGGAGGAACUGAUUCGAAAGGGAAAAUUAACUCCUUUUCAUAAAAUUAAAGGUUUUGAGCGACGCAUAGAGCUUCCUGGUCCAUCAAAUCAAAAUGUGGUUGAUAAUGGUGCUUCGAAUGAGAAUUUUGUUUCAUCUACCAUUGCUAAAGCGGCUCAAUCAAUGGAAGAUAUUGCACGCAAUCGUCCAUCUACUAAACUGCUUGGUUUAGAAGCCUUACCCGUGCUUGAUCCACCUGCUCGACCUUUCCAGAGGUUAAGAAAACCUUACAAAAUUUCUCCAAGCGAAGAUGUUCAUGAGAAGAAAAGACGAAAGCUUGGAAAGUUAAAGAGGCCUUUCCCAGGCAAGAAACGGCAAAAGUAUGAUUCGCGGAAGGAAGAUUUUCCCAAUGGAGAUGGGGACGACGAUAUCUCUAUUGAUGAUAAAGAAAACCCGACCGAGGCUUCCUCUGUUGAAGAUCAAUCCUAUAUAAUCCUUGAAGGAGGGUUGAAGAUACCUAAUUUUGUUUACAGGCAACUUUUUGAUUAUCAGAAAGUCGGGGUCCAAUGGUUAUGGGAGCUGCACUGUCAAAGAGCUGGUGGUAUAAUAGCUGAUGAAAUGGGUCUUGGUAAGACUAUUCAGGUCAUCUCCUUCCUCGGAGCUCUCCAUUUCAGCAAGAUGUACAAACCCAGCAUCGUUAUCUGCCCUGUUACUAUUCUCAGGCAGUGGCUUAGGGAAACUCAUAAAUGCUACCCUCAUUUCAAUGUCGAGAUACUGCACUAUUCCGGUCAGACACAGCCAUUAACGAGCUCCAAUGAUAGCGAAGCUUCAUUGGAUAGUGAUUGCGACAGCCCGUGCCCUAAGAAGUUGAAGAAGAGUUGGGAUCAUGUGAUUGAUCGGGUUUCGAGAUCCGAAGCAGGUCUACUCCUUACCACAUAUGAGCAGCUUAGAAUUCAUGGCGAGAAGCUUCUCAGUAUUGAAUGGGGGUACGCCAUCUUGGAUGAGGGUCACCGCAUCCGAAACCCUAAUGCUGAUGUCACCCUGGUUUGCAAACAGUUACAAACCGUGCACCGAAUCAUAAUGACCGGAUCGCCGGUUCAGAACAAGCUUUCUGAACUGUGGUCACUUUUUGAUUUUGUCUUCCCCGGUAAACUCGGUGUUCUACCCAUAUUUGAGUCUGAGUUUGUUGUUCCGAUCACGGUUGGUGGGUACGCUAAUGCAACGCCUUUACAAGUAUCUACUGCUUACAGAUGUGCGGUCGUCCUGCGAGACUUGAUCAUGCCAUAUCUCCUUCGACGUAUGAAAGCCGAUGUUCAAGCUCAGCUCCCAAAGAAAACCGAACACGUGCUUUUUUGCAGCCUAACGCAGGAGCAGCGAUCUGUUUACCGAGCUUUUCUCGCAAGCUCUGAGGUUGAGAAAAUUUUUGAUGGUAGCAUGAACUCCCUCUAUGGAAUAGAUGUGAUGAGAAAAAUCUGCAAUCACCCUGACCUGUUAGAAAGGGAACAUUCUCAUCAGCAUGAGGAUUAUGGAAAUCCAGAACGGAGCGGAAAGAUGAAGGUGGUUGCUCAAGUACUCAAGGUGUGGAAGGAGGAAGGUCAUCGCGUGCUUCUUUUUACUCAAACUCAACAGGUUUUGGACAUUAUUGAGAGUUUUCUGAUCAGAAAUGAGUAUAGCUACAGGAGAAUGGAUGGACUAACUCCUGUAAAGCAUAGAAUGGCUCUUAUGGAUGAGUUCAACAAUUCCGCUGAAAUUUUCAUUUUCAUAUUGACAACUAAAGUUGGUGGUUUGGGAACAAAUCUGACUGGUGCUAACAGGGUUAUCAUAUAUGAUCCUGACUGGAAUCCUUCUACAGAUAUGCAGGCGAGAGAACGCGCUUGGCGAAUCGGUCAGAAACGAGAUGUAACAGUGUAUAGACUGAUCACCCGUGGAACCAUAGAGGAAAAGGUUUACCACAGACAGAUCUACAAACAUUUCCUGACAAACAAGAUCUUGAAGAAUCCUCAACAGAGGAGAUUCUUUAAAGCCAAGGACAUGAAGGACCUCUUCACUCUGCAGGACGAAGGAAAUGAUAAAGCGAGCGAGACAUUAAAUAUCUUUGGCCAGUUAUCUGGAGGGCUAAAGCUCGAGAUCAGCAAUAAUCAUGCUGAGCGGACUUCUCCGGUUCAAGGGACUUCUCCAGGACCCGAACAGCAACAGGGAAACGUCAAUCAAAGCAAUGGUGCCGCAGAUGAACAAGAUAUAUUGAAGUGCUUGUUUGAUGCUCAUGGGAUUCAUAGCGCAUUAAACCAUGAUGUAAUCAUGAAUGCCCAUGACGAUGACAAAUUGAGGAUGGAGGAGCAAGCUUCCCGAGUCGCGCAGAGGGCUGCAGAGGCGUUGCGGGAGUCGAGAAUGUUGCGGAGUCGCGAGAGCUUCUCAACGCCGACUUGGACCGGCAAGUCGGGUGCUGCCGGCGCUCCAUUCUCCGUUCCGCGAAAGUUUGGAUCUGCCGUGAACACCCACUUACUUGGCUCUUCUAGACAAACGAAAGGUUCUUCCUCUGGCAAGUUUGCUGCCGGCGCUUCUGCCGGCAAGACGAUAUCUUCAGCCGAGCUGUUGGAUCGAAUUCGCGGGAGACGGGAGCGAGAAAUCGGCGACGCGCUGGAGCAAGAUCUUGGUCUGGCAUCUACCAGCUCGAAACCGAAUGCGCGAACCUCGAGGCCACCAAUUAUAGUGCAACCGGAGGUUAUGAUUCGCCAGCUCUGUACUUUCAUACAAGGAAGAGGUGGCCAGGUUGAUUCAUUAAGCAUAACAGAACACUUCAGGGAGAGGAUACAGACAAAAGACUUGCUUCUGUUCAAGAGUCUGCUAAGAGAGAUAGCCAAGCUUGAGAAAGAUGGAAAUGGUGGUAGAUGGGUUUUGAAGCCUGAUUACCAAUAAUGUUCAGUGCUUGAACAGCAUCUGUAAUUAUUUGGAAAAAGAGGCAAAAUGAAAUUUUUCUGCUUGGCAAAUGUAAUAAUAGUUGUUAUUAUUAUUAUUUUUGUGAAAUGGUGUAUCUAAGCAUGUUUAUUUAUACCCUUAGAUAGAAGUUAACCACAAAUCAGUCUUGUCUUCUUCAACUGUAUAGCUGAGUCCUGAGGAUAUUACAUUUGUACUGGGAAAUUGUUUAACU